CAUAUUAAGUCGUAUCAGUCGGGUUGUUUUGAUAGUUGCCUUAUUGUGGGUAGGGAAGAAGGAUCUGUUAAGCUAUCGUGAUAACUGCAGUGCAACGAUGGAGUGGGGAAGCGAGUUUGUGUACUUCAGCUCCGGCGAGGAAGAAGAGGAAAUAGUGGUCGGGAAUGUCUCCAGCGAGGACGAAAUGGACCACGAUGACGAAGAGACAUGUUUGUUGGACAUCUUAGACACGGCGGGCCAGGAGGAGUACUCCGCGUUACGCGACCAGUACACGCGCACUGGAGACUGCUUCUUGCUCAUUUACAGCGUCACUGAAAAGGGGACUUUCAAAGAUGUCGAAUCGCUUUACGAAUUUCUAAAAAGAGUAAAAGGGGAGGACAAAAUUCCUACUGUGUUAGUUGGCAACAAGAUUGACCUUGACACUGAGAGGCAGGUGACUACACAGGAAGGGCAAGAUCUUGCUGCUCGUCUUGGGGUUGCAUUCAUCGAGACAUCGGCAAAAACGGGGCAGAACAUCACGUCAGCCUUUGAAACAUUGAUAAGAGUCACACCACGAUCGGGAAUGGAUUAUAAGGUGGUUGUACUAGGAUCUGGCGGUGUGGGGAAGUCGAGCAUUACCGUUCGCUAUACCAGCAACCAGUUUGUUGAUUGCUACGACCCGACCAUCGAGGACUCGUACAGAAAGCAUGUGGUGAUAUCAGGUAUUCCAGACCAUUUGAAGAAAGCGACGAAGAAAGCUGCGAAGAAAGCCGCUAAGAAAACUACUUCCAGUAACAAAGAAAAGAACAUUCGUCGAAAAAGCAGUGGACUUUUCGGUAGUAUUAGGCGCGCUCUAGGAAUGAAAACUGAUGGCGAAAAACCUGAAGCCCAGCAGCAGGCUUCUAGUGGAUGUUCUGGGGACGAAGAUGGAUACGAAUGUCAUUUAGAGAAAGUUGCUGAACGCAAGAAAGUCCGUAAAGCUGAUGCAAAUGUGCUGCUGUUGAAGAUGGAUAUUCUGGAAAAUGAGCCUCAGGUUGUCACUGGCGACCCAACAUAUUGUAAAUCUUGCAGAGCAAUUCUGUCCUCUACAUCGACCUUGGAAAAACCGGAAGGUUCCGAUCAAUCCACAUGGAUUUGUGAAUUCUGUGACAACAAAAAUGACAACCUGGAUAUAAGUCCAGAAGAAAUUCCUAAGGGCGAUAGCUUCGACUUCGUUUUGAGCCCUGCCAGGGUUGAAGUCGAAGGAGGAGAAGAAGGGGCCAAAGGGGAGACAACACCCGAAAAGAAAGAGGAAAGCAAGGGAAUGGUCGUUUACUGCAUGGACAUCAGUGGGUCAAUGAGCGCUGUCGUCCAGUUACCAACAUUACAAGCUGAGUGGCGCAAUGCUCGUGACCGAACUCAGCACACUGAUAACCAUGUGUCGAGACUAAAGGCCAUCCAAGAUGCAGUUAGAAGGCAACUUGAUAGGAUGAAAAUAGAGUACCCAAACAAGAAAGUUGCACUCGUCACGUUUGGUUCAACUGUGUAUCUGUGGGGUGAUUGCCACGACAAUCAAGUCAAGUCAUAUUCUGACAGCCGAAUGCUGGAAGACUUCGAUGCUCUUGUUGCUGCAGGAAGAGAAUAUGCCACCUCAAUGGAGCUUUCUGGACUUGAAAACACAUUUGGAAACAUAGAUGCGAAGAUUGACCAUUUGGUUACCGAAGGAUCGACAGCUUUGGGACCAGCCUUAGCCAUCAGUGCGGGUAUAAUCGCUGACAUUCCUCAUUCCGAGGUAGUACUAUGCACAGACGGGGAACCAAACGUUGGCAUAGGACAACCGAGCAGAGAUGGGUCAGACUUCUACAGACGGAUUGGGGAAUUUGCUAAGCGUAACAACACAAGACUGUCCGUUUUGGCCGUGGAAGGAGCAGAUACAGGGUUGCGUCAUGUUCAAGAGUGUGCUAUUGUAUCGGGUGGAACCGUGAAUGUCCUCAAUCCACUGGAGAUGAUGAGACAACUAAGAUUGAUAGCUCAGAACUACACCAUCGCCACAGCUGUAGAUGUUGUGGUUAUUUUGCACCCGGAUCUCGUCUUUGAUGAGCCUGGUUUCCAACAGGCUAGCAAUCGUCUAGUAAAGGAGGUUGGAAACGCAGCGAAGGAAACUGACCUGACGUUCCGUUACAAAUCCAAAGAUCCCAAAAAGAAAAUCUCAAAGAAAACCAUUCCUUUUCAGGUUCAAAUCUCGUAUACUCUGAAGAACGGAAUGCGCUGCCUGAGGGUACUGAGUAAAUCCCACCAGGUUACGCAAGACAGGAAACAGAUGGAAGAGAAUAUAAAUGUUGCGGUCGUUGGUAUUGCUGCUGUCCAAAAGUCUGCAGUGAUUGCUAGUAAAGGUGAUGCCAAGAAAGCACAGGAACAUAUACGAAGUGUUCAGAAGAUGAUCACAAGAGGAGCCAGCAAACCAACUCAAAUGGAGGAAAGACUGGCUUUCAAAACCGAGUCUGACUUGUUGAGGCAGGAAAUACGUCAAGCAGUUGAUCACGACGAUAUGGAGAGUAGGUCCGAUGGACGGACAAAUGUAUUCUAUCAAAAUGCAAUGUAUCCCAGCAACAAAUACCGCGGCUCCUCUACAGACCAAAAACAGAAGCAAACGAAGUCCAGAAGGUCAGAGGAUGCAGCCCUGGUGAAACAAUAUCAAGGUUAUAUGUGUUAAAGCAUGAAGAUGCAAUUGAUGACAGUAUGUUAGCCAAUAUUCUCACUGCAUACAAAUCAAGCGACAUGGUAACUUGUACGGGACAUCAAGGAGUUACAAAGAAGCGAAUACCAAAAACGAAUAAUGUGGGAAAACAAAAUUAUGACGAUUAAAAUACACAUGAUAACCUAUACAUUAAUUGGCAGUGACGAUUGGUCGUUGGGAUUUUAACAGUUAUAUGAACACGGUUGAAGAGUACAACUAAUUCAUUUUUUAAAUACCGCUAGUACGAAAUACAAAAAGGUAAAAUCUAAAAAAGGAAAUAUUCAGAUUUUUUGUGUGCAAAUUUCUUCACUGCUAUCAUUGUAAUUAACAAGGCUUCGUUUGUGUCAUUUUUUGAAUAUAUAUUUUCAAGCUGUUAAUGCGGUUUUAAUGUUUCGAUUGAUAAGUAAUUGGUACGUAAUUAUAAUUUUGAAUAUAACCGUUACAGUUGUAUUUUAAUAUAUGCCUUAUAUCAUUUAUUUUCAGUUAAUAUAUUUUAUAAUUUUAAAAUGUGUCAUGUUUUAUAUUUACAGCUUUGUUGUGCAAAAACCGUUUAAGUGAGUGAUUUAUUAAAUUCAUAAAUUCAUAAAUCGCCGCGCCAUAUGUAAUUAAAAAGCAAGUUAGCAUUGUGAAGACACGUACUAGUAUUUCUUAAUUUGCUAAAAUUUAAAUUUUUUGUGUUAAGGCUGUAUGUAAGUAAACAUUAAUAUGUAUCACACAAAAAAGUCAUGUAUUACUUUUACCACUAUUCGAUAUACUUUUACCAUGUAUUCUGUAAAUCAAAGCAUGUAUGAAUAUGUUAAUUUUUAUUUAUAUUUUCGUGUUCAUUCGUAGUUUUGUAUGAUUUUGGUGACAUACACUUUAAUUACAGCAGUCAUACUAUAAUGUGUAUUCAUUAUUUGUAAAAAUAACAGCUUUGUUUAAAAUACGCAAUGAAUCCUUAACAUAAAUCCCAAACAUUGUAAAAUGUGAUUGCUUAUAUUGGAUUAUAAACACUUGGACGGUUUACACGCUACCAUAGCUCUAAAGUUUGUGGAUCAAAAAUAAUUUAGAAAUUAUUUGCAAACUCUUUAUGCUUAAUAAGCGUGAUUCCCUUCAGAAACAGAAAUUCAUCGCCAUUAUGUAUCAAAUUCCGUCUGAAGGAUAGAUAUUAGUUAUUUAAGUUCAUAUCUGAUAUUAAAUCAGUCAGAACAUGUGAGAGUCUCGGGUCAUAAUAAUCUCCUCGUUAUUGUUAGUUCUAUUUACUUAUAAAUGUUAUUUUUAUUAAUUGAGGAAAUACGAUACUCACUCGUGUUUUACUUAUUAAAUAUUACAAAAAUUGG